GAAGUGUGGCGUACGGCGGCCGCGGUGGCUCCGCGGCGUUGGGGCUGGCGCUGCGCGUCCCGCCAUGUAACGCGCCGCUCCCCGCCGCCGCCUCCUCUUCCUCCGCGCCGCUGUCCUUCGCUGCUCGCCCGGCUCCUCCCGCCCGGGGAUGGGGGCCCGGCGCCCGGCCCGCCGAGGGGGCUCCCGGCCAUGAAGGGCGGCGGGGGGGCCGCUUCCAGCACCUGCCCGCCGCGACGGGACCGCAACGCCCGGGGACCGGCGGGGCUCCUCCUCGCUUACUGCUAUGGACAGUGCUAUCACCCUGUGGCAGUUCCUCCUCCAACUCCUGAAGGAGCCUCAGAACAAGAAUAUCAUCUGUUGGACCUCCAAUGACGGGGAGUUCAAACUGCAGCAGGCAGAGGAGGUGGCCAGACUCUGGGGAAUCCGCAAGAACAAGCCCAGCAUGAACUAUGAUAAACUCAGCCGUGCUCUCAGAUACUAUUAUGUGAAGAAUAUCAUUAAAAAAGUGAAUGGUAAGAAGUUUGUGUACAAGUUUGUUUCUUAUCCGGAGAUUUUAAAGAUGGAUCCUCUUGUCGUGGGCCGGAUCGAAGGAGACCCCGAGCUGCCCGGCUUUGCAGAGGUCAGCAGUGCCCCAAAGGACGUGGAGAACUGCGGGAAGGAGAAGUCUCAGUCGUGUGCUAAAUCCUCCAGCCGCAACGACUACAUCCACUCAGGCCUGUACUCCUCUUUUACGCUGAACUCCCUGAACUCUUCCAAUGUCAAACUCUUCAGGUCCAUCAAGAUUGAGAAUCCAGCUGAGAAACUGACGGAGAAGAAACCUGCUCAGGAUCCGACGCCGUCUGUCAUCAAGUUUGUCACCAUGCCCUCCAAAAAGCCUUCACCCGUCCCCCUGGUCGCUACCACUUCAACGGUCUCUGCUACUUCCACUGCUUCUGCCACCUCGGCUGCAUCCUCCCUUCCCAUGGGAUCCGAAGAAACUCUGCAGACCUUGGAGACCCUUGUUCUCCCCAAGUUAACGAUCCCUGAAGCUCCAGCACCUUUGCCAAACUUGACCACCAGCUUUACCCCAACUCCACCUGUGUCCUCGGUUUCUCCCGUUCUGCAAGUUCCUUCCACACCCCCAUCGCCGCCCCUGAGUUCUAAUCCUGACCUGGACAUUGACACGGACAUAGAAUCAGUGGCUUCUCAGCAGCUGGAGCAGGCUCAGAGCCUUCAGCAUCAAUCCCCAGAGCCCAAAGAGCAGGAUUCAUCUGUGCUGGAGAAGGAAUUUGCCAAUCAUCUCUCCAGAUCUAAAAAACCCAAAGGGCUGGAGUUGGCUCCUACUCUCGUCAUUACAGGCAGCGAUCCAAGUCCAUUGGGGAUACUGAGCCCUUCCCUCCCCACUGCUUCUCUUACUCCAGCACUUUUCUCCCAGACUCCCAUCUUGCUGACCCCAAGUCCCUUGCUCUCCAGUAUUCAUUUCUGGAGUACCCUCAGCCCGGUUGCUCCUCUCAGUCCUGCAAGGUUGCAAGGUGCUAAUACGCUCUUUCAGUUUCCAUCAGUGCUGAACAGUCACGGCCCAUUCACGCUGUCUGGACUGGAUGGACCCUCUACCCCUGGCCCAUUUUCCCCUGAUCUGCAGAAGACAUAGCACAUGAACUCAUGGGAAGGACAUAUUGGCAAGCAAGGAAAAGAGAUGACACUUAUAUUUAACCAUGUUUUUUAAAAGAGCAAUUUAUAAUUCCACAGAGAUGAUCAACAGUCAUAGUUUUUGCCAUUCCCAGAUAAAAAUGCCUUUUUUUGCAAAAUUCCUGUUUUUUGAAGACCCAGAUUGGUAAUGUUUAUGCAAAUGCCUUAAUAGGAGCUGAAGCUCCGGUCUCUUCUCUUCCCUCCUUGGUUGGAAGACUUCACUAUGGUUAAAGGGAGUUUCAAUUGGUGUUGCAGUAACUGAGUCUGCACUGUUUGCAGUAAAUAGCAUCAGAGAAGUCUUUUCUCUGUGACUCUUGGAAAACCUCUGUUCUUCUGCUUCCUGUGCUUGGCAAGAAGAAAUUUAAUCACGAUCGAAGCUGGCAUUCCAGGAAAUGCUUGGGAAAGGAGUGUGUGUGCACUCAGCUUUGCCUUGGGGCCUGGUAACUUCUGCAGCAGCAAAACAGCCCUCAUCUUACCUGCUGUAAAAACAUCUUGUCUCUUUGCAGGUGGAAGUGUUUCAAGGCGUACUCGAUGGUUGUGUUACUGAGAUGUGGACAGUUUCUCAAUGGCACUGCGUGCAGACAGCCCGGCCUCACGGCUUCCGAGCUUCAGUGAGGGGGCACGGCCUGGAGGCAGACGAGUGGUGGGAUGAGUUCUUUUCAGUUCUCAGAAAGUUCAAAUGCUGAAGUCCAAACAUUUCUUGUGCCAGAGACCUGUAAUCUCACUGCUAGAAGAUGAGCAGGGUGGUGGAUUUUUACAUGAGGUGCUGAGGGUUUAUCUGUGACACGAGGUUGCUGCCUGAUGCUCCGUUUUCAGCCCCAAGCAGUGGGUGAGAGCACUGAUGUCUGAGCGUUGUUACCGCUCUUAUCCCACACUUGGAAGCAGAGAAGCUUUUCCCAGCUCUUCUCUCAAGUUUGGCUUUCAAUCUAUUGCUUUUUUUAAUUGGAGGAAGCACUCAGACCCUGAAAAAGAUGGGCUCGAUGUGUGCAGCUAGUUGAGGGAGGUACCACGGCGUAUCCACCUCGCUGUACAUUUGCACUCGCUUUUCUUUCCUUGGUGGCCACGUGUGUGUGAAUUAAUGCAAGGUGAGUUUCCAGAGCCAUUCGAAACGCUGAUGAAAUUUUUAAUUAGAUUUCCAAACCUCAGGAGGCCUUGUAAGAGAAGGGAGGAGUGGAAGAAGAGGGACUUGCCCGCAGAGCUUGGAUGUCUCGCUCCGCUGGCGCUGCGUGCCCUUCCACUUGGGGCAUCUGCUGUCAGGCAGCAACUUCUGUGUGCCACUCACGUUGAGCUGAGUGACGCAAGAUAAUCUUCAUAAAAUACCUGCUAGAAAAACAGAUGGAGGCCGUCUCCUUCCUUUGGUAUCCCCGCUGGCUGGCUGUGGAGUUUUAAUGAGCAGGGGAAGGUUGUCCCUUCACAGCACGAGGAGCUGGCAGUGUGCUUCUUGCAUAGCGCACCUGUUUGAUGGAGAAACGGUGAGCUCAGGCUUACCAGAGUUUUCCUUUUGCCACUUUUGCAGACUGAAUUCACUUUAAAGCGUACCUAUGACAGUACCCAGGACUUCAUUUACUGCAGUGAUGUUCUCUAUAUACUCGAGCAUUGAGAUGUAUCGACCGCUUUGUACGUUUCUGAUACAGCACCCUAGGCAUGAGCGGGUGUAACGGGGUUGCUUUUUGGGCAUUGCUCAUCCAGAAAGUCCUCUGCCAAGUGGGAGAAAAGAGAAUGCCUAUUCAGGUGCAGGUAGCAGGGAGUGAGCUCGUGGAGCGAACCGUCUUCCUGUUGGGUUUCAUUGGAGGCACGAUUCUGCUUUGCAUUUAGACAUCAGCAGAUACAGGAUAAAGUUCCUGUGCCGGUGGCUCUUAAAAUGACAAUGUGCAAUAUUGACUUUUUCUUUUUAAAACGCAGAGAGAAACCUGCGGAUCAUAAAAUUAAGAGCAGGCAUGUGGAAUUUUCUGGUUUGCAUGAUAGCUUAUGAGUUUGCUCUAGAAAAUAUAUAUAGCUAUAUAUAAAUAGCAGCACUUUUAAUGGUUGUUUUAGGUUGGCCAAUUUUAUGCCCACUGUGUGUGUGGAUUUGAGAGCGACAUUGCAGACUAGGAUUAGAGUUUAAAAAUAACUAAUGAGCACUAAAGACUUGCAAUUUAAUUGCUUCCUUUUCCUUGUCCCCUAUGGAGAAAAGCCAAGUUUUAGUUUAAAAAAAAAAAAAAAAAAAAAAAGUCGUGUAUGUGCACACAUGCACUUAAUUUUUUUUGUAAGCUGUAUCACUUUCAGCAUAGAUAUGCAAGAGAACCAAAUGCUAACUAAUAGAGCUUGUCAGUUUUGCUUGGCCUAGUUUCACGCUGCUCUCCGAGUCGCUGCAGCAGCAGAUUGCACUGCCACAGCUGUGAGAUGCACGCUCACCUUCAGGAAUACCCGCUUAGAGAAAGCUGCUGUGAAAGUGCAGCCCCUCUGUAUUUCAGCCUGGCAGUGUCCAGCUUCCUGACGGGUGAGGUGAGAAGAUCGUGGCUUGUGCUUAGGCACCUGCCUUGGAAAACAGGAGCCCCCUAUGGGGUUGUAAUCUCAGGAGGCAGUUGGGAAAGCAAACUGUAAGGCUGGGCACGGGGAGGUGGGAGAGAGGCUUGCUCACGUUUUCCCCACUUCAGGUCACUUAAGAUAAUACUGUCUUGUAUAUAUGCUGCCUCAUUAAGCAGACGUUUAUUAAUAAGCAUAGAACUGCCAGCUUUUUUGGAUCACAUUCCUUGGAGCUCAGUGAUGUGACUUGCUGGUACUCUGCUGGCUCACUUCAGGAGCAGUUUGCAGCUCAUUGCAACUUGUUUUUAGUGUAGGGAAGGUGAGGUUAGUAUAGGCUCUUCUUUAAUUAUCACAUUAGCAGUUUGUAAUAUGGAUAUAGUACCAUGUUGGUUUAAAAAAUAGUGCAGCAUUACAGAAACGUUUUGUUACACUGCAGUUCAUGUUGCUGAAGUAACCGUGGUAUUGUUGAAUGCUUUGAUAGUAUUUGCAUUGGUUAAUUCAUAGAUGGUGGUAGAAUUAGACUGGAUGAGCAUGGAAGCUGAACAUCUGUCUUGCUUCUGGAAAUCUCUUUUUAAAUGUCAUUGCUGCUGUAUAAUAGUACUGCAGAGCUGCAAAGCUUGCGCUGCUGCUGCUGUCUGUGCUAUGUCUGUCUUUUUGGAGGACCUGAACCAUCAGGAUGCCACCAGCAACACGUGCUGCGAGCAGAGACAAUCCGAGGAAAGCAGAACUGUGCUGAUAACACCCUACAGUGACAGAACAAUCCCUGUUCCAUCUUCCUGUUUUCAGAGAUGUGAUCCUAGCGGUGAGGGCGGUGGGAGAAAGCAACGCUUUCUCCUUAACAGAGUGGAAUUCCAGAACCUUGCUUCAGACAUUGGUCUUCAGCAGUGACAGCUGAAUGUAUUUCCUAUGCACUGCCUUUGGCACGCUCAGGUUGCAUUCUGCAGCAGGUCAGGAAGUGAUGCAAUCCCUCCAAUUUGGGAGUUCAUUGUGUUCCCUCAAGAGUGUCCUAAGACUUCAGUAUCCCCGCAUUCCUUGCUGGAAAGGAGUGUGCAUUGUCACAGGGAAGGCUUUGGCUGUUCAGUAGUUUGUUUGGGGUAAUUUCUCCCUCUGACAGGUUUUCAGAUCUCGGAUAUCUAGCAGAUAGAUUCUUGGUUGUUUUUUUUUAUAGUGUUCAUUUUAACCACGGUGAGGGCUGCUUACGUGCAUACCUUCCAUCACAAAGCUCUUCAAAGUGUAGUCACUGCGUAACGUCAGGUUCCCCCAAACUUCAGUUUCGGUGCAAGAAUUUCAGCAGCUUGGGCCCGGGUGGCAGAGCUGGCCUGGCACAUCCAGGCAGCUCCAAGGGAAGCUUGGGGUGCAGAGUUGUGCUCCACUUCUGCAGAAUUUUCCCAGUGCUGAGUUUGGAACCCACAGAACUGACAGUCUCCUGGCUACCCGUGCUUUACUGGUGGAUCUUUUAGUUACUUUUUGUUCCUGUUUUAUAGCUUUUUUUUUUUUUUGUAUGUACUCAUAUUUUACCACUUUUGGACGCGUGUUUGUUUACAAGACACAUCUCAGUGUUGUAUCAAGAGGCUAUCUUGGUAUGGUCAGCUAUGAAAUAAACUACAUCAGUAGUUCAGGAACGUCGUCAAAAUGGAGAGAUGCUUUGAAACUCCAUGUGUGAGUUCUGGGUGUCCGUAACCAUUUUGUUCUCUCUUGUUCCUUAGUUCUCCCCCUGUAGGAAAUAGAUCUAGCUUCUGGUCCUGGGUAUGGACAGUGGAUUUUGUCUGGCUGCUUUUGGAGCAUGGCAUUGCAAGCAGGCAGCCCGAGCCCCACAGGAUUUAAUCACAGCAGCCUGAGUUGAAAACCCAUUCAAAUUGCAAUCACGUUGCUUAAGAAGCGACUCGGGGUGCUUUAAUGAGGGGUGGUAGGUCUUGUCUAAACAGGAAUUUCUGUGGUUUGAUGCGAGCUUAAUCAAACAGUAAUUGGCAAUGGCUGCUGUUCAGUCUGAGCAGUGUUAGCAAAUCUGCUUAAACGUGGAAGCCUUUGGCGGCCGCCAUCCAGUUGAGCGGCGGUUAAUGUGUGCCGUGCUAGAGUCCAUCUGCUGAAAUCAGGGGCUGUCAGAUGAAGAUUAAAAGAUAAAAACGUGGUGACAGUGGUUGUACACAGCUCUUCAGGGCUAUCGCUGCAAAAGGCUUUUUCCUGGAUUGACAUCUGCAGACGCGGCGUUCCAUUAGUGCGAGCAAAGAGUACGGAGUUCCGCAGGAGCCCUUUGUAAAAGCAGGUUCCAAAGAGGGAAAUAUUUCUGCAAACAGAACCUAAUCUUUUCUGUGUGGCCUGCUUUGAGUCCUAAGGAUGCAAGGUAGGAGCUGCACUGACGGCAGCGCUGCCGUGUUCGUGCUGUCUGUGUUGUGCAUCACCAUUGGACCUUCUGCUUCCUGGCUGUCCUGGUGCCCCCUGAAGCAGAAGGAUGGGAUGCUGGGUUUGGGUCUCUGGUAGAUCUAGAACUGAGGAAUGUCAUUCUGGAUUUGUCCAAAGAACAAAGGAAAUAAGGGAGGAUACGUUCAGUGCAGGAAGUUGAUUCUUUUUGGAGGAUGCAGCUUGACUGACUGCAACCAUCCUUGGUUUGGUUUGUUUUUUCUUUUUCCCCCUAAAAUUGACCUGCACGAUAAGAAAGCUGGGCAGGGCCUCGUGUUUCUGCUUGGACGUGCACGCUGGUGCAUUUCCCUUUCCAGACAGCAAGACAUCAGAUUCAUAUAAACUAUUCUACGGAAAACAGUAGGACUGAUUAGAAUGGAUUUUCAUUUCCCCUCCCCUUCCAAAGAAUGUCGUAGAAGUCCUUAAUUGCAGAGCUGUUCCAGGCAUCUAAUUAAAAAAGCAUACUUGUACAGCUGAAGGCUUGUUUCCUCUAUGCAUUGCUCCACUGAGGCUGAACAGCUCUCCAUACACAAACAUACACGUGCACAGCUAUCCACUGCCAGGGGACGUGUGCUCAUUGUGCAGCCUGGCUUGCAGGUUUGUACAGAGGGCACUUGCAGUGCACACUCAGAGCAAAUGCUGCACGCUGCAGCUGCCACUUUAAAACAUUUUGCACGUGCUGUUGAGGCUUCUGGGGGCUUGUCUUUCUUCCUUGCAAGCACUCAAAUCUGUUGUUCCACAGUGUGGGCUCGUGAUUGCCAAAGGUUGUUUUUCAAAUGCAUCUUUGACGUGGUUGUAUGCUACAUCUUCCUUUAAAAAAAAGAAGUGUCUUAAAUGGAUCUUUGAAUGAUAUGUGCACGGAACAAAAGCUGGGACUUGUUUUUUUUUUCCCUCUUCCUAAAACGUUUCUCUGUUGAGACCACGGGUUGCAGAAGGUUUUCAUCUCAAAGUGGGGUUGGAGCAGGGGUCACUGUCAGCAUUUGGAAAACAGGGCUCUUGUAACGGAGAUGCAGGACGAGCUGCAAGCAGUGCAGGGAGGGUGGGAAGCACUGCUUGGAGCCCACGUCCUCGAGCAGCACGUGCAGCAGCGCUGUACUCAUAACUGGAAGCUGUUUUUUCAUUGCUUUUUUUUUUUUCUUUAUCCUUUCAUUAUUUCCUCCAACACAGGAAGGCUGUGAGGAUGGCCUCUGCAUGGGUCCUGGUGUGUGCUGUGUGCCGGGGUUACAAUAGCUGGGUGUGCUCUGGGCUCCUGGAGAUGUGUUGUGGGUUUUUUUCGGCUAGCAUGUCUUAACUCUUCAGGCUUUGGAACUGCUUUAGAGAAUGGUGUUGACUUUUUGUUCUGCCGUUGUUCAGUUGCACAGAGUUUUAUAUAUAAUGAUGUACUAGUUUUAACGUUAAUUCUCCGUGAACAGGGUUGAGAUUAUUCAUUGUAGUUUUAAAAGAAAAAAAAAAAUGUAUUCUAAGACUCCCUUUGAAAAUCUUGUUUGUAUUCUGUUGCAGUGUUACCAGAUGGCCUUAUGUACGUCACAGUGUUUUGUGAUAAGUACAGUAGCACAUUUAAUGCUUAUCUCCCCCAACCCCUCUGUUUUUAGAGCUGAGAAGUGUAUUCUUAAUAAUAGAGAUGGGAUAAAUAGGGAGGUCCACGUGACACGUAUAGUAAAGAUAGUGGUUGUCUCCUCUAAGGCACGUUAGGGCAGCUGGGAUCAAUCUGAGGCUGCAGUGACUGGGCAGGGGAGGCAGCCAGCACGGGACUUUGUCUUGGGACUGCUGAGAACACGGAGCACGCUGAUGGCAGACAGCACUUGUGUGCUUGUGAAGCAGGAAGGGUCCCUCGGCUGCUGCAGGGCUGCUCUGAAUUGCAGCAGCUGAGGAUCUGCUCCUUGCAGCUUCCUGCCCAUGGCUCAGCCAGAGCCAGGGGGGGAAAGCAUCGGCUGAACUGGAGAGAACUGAAGCAACCAAAUCAGCGGUGGUGACGUCUGGCAGUUGUUGUUCUGUUUCUUUUUCAAGUGCACAUCUGUUUUGGAAAGUGUUUGUUUUUUUUUUUCUGAUGCCUUUAGUGCUACCCUUCAAGUGAUUUUUUUUAUUAUUAUUAUUAUUAUUUUUUUGUUAGGGUAGUGUGGGCUCUUUGUAGGUCAGCACGAUGAUGCCUGCAGUAUUUCUCAUACUACAGCAGCUCUGACUCUUCUGCUUGGAGCAGACUGAGGAGGCAGCUGCGCCAGCUUUCUCUUUUAACUCUGAAGCGGAUUCUCUUUUACUUUCCUGUAAUUCAGUAGAAACAUCAGUGGUAAAAAUGAUCCGAAGUCGGCAGAUGACGUUUUCAGUUACUCUUUCCAGAACAGAACUGCAUUUCAUACACGUGUCUAGUGCCAAGUCCAGAGGCAAAGUUAUGUCACAGCAAACAUCUGCGAGCUUCCUACCUUGGAGACUUAUUCUAGACCUGGAUUUUGGAGACAGCAGUGACCUUGUACUUACUUUGGUGCUCUGGUUACAGGUGGGAGAGAGUAGCUUCUCAGUCUUACUUCAGAAAAAUAAUACCUUAUAAUAAGAGUAUCUUAAUGCCAUUGUGUUUAAAAAAGAAAUGCUGGUAUGUAAUGCAAGUACAUAAAUAGCCAAAGUUUUCAGUAAUUGUUCAGUGUUACUAAAUUUGCUUUUAUUUAACCUUCCAAGGUAACAUGUUAGGAAGACCUUCAGCGUGUUGAUACCAUGUUGGGAAAAGAAGUCUGAUCAACUUAAUUCUCGUACAUAUGCAGCUCUUUGAACACAUUUCAGGUUUGACUACGAUUUGGAGGGCAAAAGUCUAAGAUGCAAAUCUUACUUUGGAGGAAGUGCACUGUAAUGACUUCAGAGUGACUCGUGCUGCUUUUAAAGGGCGGCAUAUUGGCAGUUUUUAUUCAACCAUAAUGAAGGUCUUUCCUGAGAAAUCAGGUGACUUUUCUAUUGCUUCAAUUUUUGUGCAAAAAAAAAAAACAAAAAAAAUCCAUGUAUUGCAAUCUUUUUUUUUUUUUUUAAAUAGGGUGGGAAUAGUUAAAGAAAACUAUUUUAUGUAAGAACUGACAGAGAGAUUUGCUUUGUAUAAUGCAAGCUGGCUUUAAAAAAAGCAUUGUAGCAAAUUAUUCAAGUCAAUCAUAUGUUAAUAGUUAUGUGCAACCAGACAUGCAAAACAAUUGUAUUUUUUUAAAUAAAUAUUUUUAACAAA